AUGCAGUUGCUUGAAAACAAAAUUAACUUGCCUCAUAAAGAAGCAUACACACCAUUCAGCCUCAAGAAUUCUCUCCUGGCAAGACUCUCAGUAGGUGGUGGUGUCAGGCCAAAGUUUCCUCCACAAGGAAGAUCAAUAAGUCCAACUCCAACAGAGCCCCAAAGCCCUACUGGCGUUCAGGGUCUUCACCUCCAGACGUGUUUCAGUGCUGAUGUAUUGAAUAACGGCUAUGAGACUGACCUCGUGAAUGAAGUGCUUCCUGAAGAAGAUUUCUCAGGUACUUUGGUCAGUGAAAACAAAGAACCAGAAGUCACUAUAGGGGAUGGUUUGAAUGGGGAUGGUUUGAAUGAGGAUGCUGUUGAGUUCAGUCACACAGAGUCUGUCAUGAAUCAAAACCUAUCUGAGAAACUGCCACCUGAAGUACAAGAUACAGCCAUGAAAGACACCAGAAACGCCUUGUGGGAGAGUAAUUAUGCUCCUCAGAAUACUCAUGUGGUAAAGGUGAUGGAUGACACCAGCUCCAGUAGCAGUUACACCACCAUGAAAUGUGAAGGAAUGUCUGAAUUAAACCUGAGAGACUCACAGCUCGACUCUCAGAUUGAGGGCUCGGUGGAGUUUGACUUCCAUAAGAAACUUGAAGAUGGCAGUGUUACCAUAAAUGAGUUCCUCGUGCACUUUGGUGCCAAAUUUGUGAUCCACCGCUCGAGACCCAGCGCUCGUCCUGACAACUUUAUGGAUCCAGAAACAUGCACACUAAAGGAUCUGCUCAGAAGUAAAUACAUCCAUCGCCCCAAGCAGAGUGUGUAUGAGACAGAUUGUCAGAACCUCUCUCAGAUGGUUGAAGAAUUGAGAACACAGAUUGGAGAUCAGGAGAAACCACUGAGAGAGAUCAAUGAAGCCCUGCUGCAGGACGUGUGUGUCUUUUCACAAGAGCAGUUACAGAGAUUUGGUUCCAAACUGAAGGAGCGGAAGGUUUACUUCUCAAAAAUAAGCAAGGCCCGCUCCCAUGGGAUGAAGGAACGCUUGUACUCUGAGCUUUUACAAACAACACGGGAGGCAAAGGAAAGUCUGACGUCCAAAGUCAAGGAGACACACGAGAUGUUAGAGGAACUAAAUGGAUGCAUAACUGACUUGGAGUCUGAUUUGAUGAAGAUGAACAACAUGGACAUGGGAGACCAACAUUCCCUCAGGGGACUCGAACCUGCUGUGAAGGCCAGGCAGGAACAAAUUAAUGCUCUUAACUCAGAACUUACUGAGAAAGAAAAGCAAAUCAGUACAUUUACGCUUCAGGCUCAGUCUUUGGAGGACACAUGUGUCAAACUCCAGUGUGAAACCAGGGAACUUGAAUGCCAUGCUGCACAUCUGAACAGUCUGAAUGAGUGGCGAUUACUUAGGGAGAAGAACCGGCUGGUUUUUAUGUUUCUCCAUGACACUCUUCAGCUGGAGGUGAAGCACAGACACGCCCCGGAGAAACAAUGCGUGCAUGGCGAUGCAGACCAGGCUGUGGACGUGUCCUUUACAUAUCUGCUGAACGCCGAGCGCUCACACCCCGGUGCAGUCCUGGUGCACAAACUGCUUGAGGAGAACAUCAGCUCUCAGCUCUCUACAUGGCUGCAGAAAUACUCCACAACUCAACACAUACCAAUGCUGCUCCAUGAUGUCAGUGUGGUGGUGAGCCGACUCCGCCUCCUGGGUGAUGAAAUCCACAGGCUGAAGAAAUGGGGAGGCCUGAAGUUAGAGAUCCUGGACCUCACAUGUGUGGAUACAGCGGUUGUAGUCACGUUCUCCAGCCUCAGGGCGUUUGUCAAGUUUGAGCUGAGCCUGGCUCUUUCCCCGGAAUAUCCUUUUAAGCCUCUGCAACUGCAAAAAUUCAGAAAUCACAUUGGGAACACAAGAGUGGAGCAAAUAAAAGACAUCAUAUCAUCUAUAAGACCAGCCAAGAGCUACCUGACUGCAGUCAUGAAGAGGCUUCAUUCUGAUUUGAUUGGCUAAGAGCUGUGUGUGUGUGUUUUGGCUUGUUUGGUUGUUAACUUGUUGACUUGUUUAUUAAAUAGUGAGCACAGAUAAUAAAGCAUGAUGCUGAAUAUAA